GAUGCCUUGCUCACGUCUCGCACAGCAACAUCGACGGCGCCACCAACGGCGGCUCAGCGUCGGCCAACGACGCCGCCGCCGCCGCCGGCAGCUCCAUCGACACGGGCUCCGGCGGCGCACGCUCCUCGCCCACGACGCAGGACGGCUUUGUGCGCCUGCUCUCCGGCGUCUUCUUCGGCGCGCUGCUCGACCUCAUCUGCACCGGCGCCUUCGUCACGGGCUGCUGGGUGUACUUUGAACGCUUCGGCGCCCGCGGCUCGGACCGCGUGCUGCUGCAGAUGGCCGUGGCUCUGAUGGCGGUGCUCUCGAUGCUCAAUGCGGCGGGCCUCAUUCACCGUCUCUAUGCAUUGCACGUCGCGAACUUCGGGGCCUUUACGUUCCCGCUGCUCACCGUCGGCUGGGAGAUCAGCAUGAACUACACCAUCGCGGCCAUCAUGGCGGCCAUCUCCCAAUCCUACUUCACCCACCGUUCGGCCCGGGCUAUGCGACGCCCGCUGCUGGUGUACAUCCCCGCCGGCAUCCUCAUCGCGUACACACUAGCCGGCGGCGUGGCGUCGAGCGCGCUCAUCAUCAAGUCCGGCUCCGCCGCCAACGUCAAGGGCAGUGCGCUGCAGUCGUGGCAGCCGCACAGUGCGCCGUGGCAGUGGAGCGUCGUCUUCACCACCUGGCUCGUCUCGUGCACCGCCGUCGAUCUCGGCCUCUUCUUCGUGCUCGCCUCGCAGCUCGGCAGCAUGAAGAGUCCGUCGUACCACACGCGCCAUGCGAUUGCGCGCCUGCUGCUGCUCAGCUUCGAGACGUGUCUGCUCACCACGGGCUUCUCGCUGGCGUCGAUGAUCCUCAUGCUGCGCUUGCCGUCCGACUUUUUCUACCAAAUCACCGUGCUGCCCAUCGGCAUCGUCUACGGCGGCUCCAUGCUCGUCACGCUGCUCUCUCGUCCUUCCAUCGCGCGCGAGCUGGCGAUCAGCGAGACGGCCGGCCCGGAGCGCCGCUGCAUCGACACGGCGGCGGCGAGCACUGCGGCGCCGGCAUCGCUGGCCAAGCCGCUCGUGAAGAUCAUGCUGAAGAAGGAACAGCGCCGGCAGCGCCAGCUCGGCGAACUCUCGGUGCACAUGACGACCGAGGUGCAUCAGACCAAGAGCAACGCCGAGGACCUGCCGUCGUGCCUGCUCGACCACAUCAUCCACGAGGAGGAAGGCUAUGCACUGCCCUCGCGCGUCGUCGAGCGCAAGGGCAGCGCCUCGUCCACCGGCACCACGCGUCUCGACCACUACGUCGACGCCGAGAAGCAGGACGCCGACAGCGACGAGGCGGCAGAGGCGUACGCCAAGGUGGCCGACUCACGCUCGAUUCGCAGCGCCAUGCCUCCCUUUGCGCCGUCAUUCGAGGUGCGCGACGACGACGAGGACGACGAGGCGCCGCUGGCCGAGCCGGAGCCGGUGCACCCGUACAGCGCCCGCCUGCCGCCGCCGCCGCCGUCGUCGGAUGGCCGCCGCUGGGCUCGGACGCCGCGUGGACGCGUGGUGCCGUCGCUCGAGCCGUAGGGAGUCCCUCGUGCCCUGGGCCCCUCGCCGAGGAU